AUGGCGCCCUCGAAACUUGAAACAAUCGAUUUCACCACCUUCUCCAACAUCGUAGCCGGUUCGCCUCGCAGCUCGAAGCAAAAGUACCACGGCAUCGACCCCACCACCAAGCAACCCAACUGGGAUGUCCCUGUUGCCACACCGGAAGAUAUCGAAGAUGCCGUCGCUGCCGCCAACAAAGCCCACGCGGAGUGGAAGACCACGACCUGGGAGUACCGCACUGAGCGCAUCGCGCGCUUCAAGGACGCCAUGGAGGCCUAUCAGGAAGAGAUGACCGACUUGCUACUGAAAGAGACUGGCAAACCCCGCCAAUUCGGAGCCGCCGAGGUGAAAGGCGUGUCCCAAUUCAUCCAGUGGCACGUCGACAUGAAGGAGCCCAAGGGCGAGACGUACGAUCUCGAGGAUCGGACGAUCGUGAACAAGUUUGUGCCGUUGGGUGUCGCUGCGGCGAUCUGCCCGUGGAAUUUUCCCUUGCUGUUGAGCCUGGGGAAGGUGUUGCCAGCAGUGCAGAUGGGUAAUGCCAUUAUCGUCAAGCCGAGCCCAUUCACGCCAUACACCGCACUGAAGAUGGUCGAGAUCGCAAACCAAGUGUUCCCUCCGGGACUGGUCCAGGCUCUCGGGGGCGAUGACAAGUUGGGUCCCGCGCUGGUCGACCACCCGGACAUCCACAAGAUUAGCUUCACCGGCUCGAUCGCCACGGGCAAGAAGGUCAUGGCCGCUGCUGCCAAGACCGUCAAAAGAGUCACCCUGGAGAUGGGUGGCAACGACCCCUCGAUUGUGUUGCCAGACGCAGAUAUCGCAAAGACUGCGCCGAUGGUUGCCAUGGGCGCAUUCUUCAACACCUCGCAAGUCUGCAUCGCCUCGAAGCGAAUCUACGUGCACAGCUCCAUUUACGACGCAUUCCUAGAAGCGCUGGUCAACGUGGCCAAGUCGUUGAAAGUCGGUCCCUCGAACGACGACGGCGUCAUGCUCGGUCCCAUCCAGAAUAGUAUGCAGUACGAGAAAGUCAAGACCUUCUUCAGGGACACCAAGGACCAUGGAUACAAGUUCGCCCUCGGGUCCGGCGACGUCCCCGAGACGAACGGCUUCUUCAUCAACCCGACGAUCGUCGACAACCCGCCCGACGACAGCUUGAUCGUGCAGGAAGAGCCGUUUGGCCCGAUCGUGCCGGUGCAAAAAUACGACGACGUCGACGAGGUCAUCCGCCGGGCCAACAAUUCUAGAGCUGGCCUCGGCGCCACGGUGUUUGGCAAGGACGCGCAGAAGUUGCAGGAGGUCGCGGACAAGUUGGAGGCCGGGUCGGUCUGGAUCAACAGUUACCCGGCGGCGGGACCUCAGGCCCAGUUUGGCGGCGUCAAGGAAAGUGGUAUUGGGACGGAAUUUGGCACGCUCGGGAUCUUGGCUUACGCAAAUGUCAAGGCCAUCACGACGAUGAAGGACGGCGCCACCCCAUCGCGAGGUUGA